UGAACUCAUACCACUCCUUUCUUCAUGGUGGCUGCCAUCUUGAACGGGAAGCGGAGUCGGACUGCGUGCACGCGCGUGAACGGCGCCCGAAUGGAGCACAAACAACUGAAUCUUUGUAUUGCUAAGCAGAAAAACCGAACUUCAAAGGAUCUCAAAAUAUCUUCUUGCAAUGUUUUUAAGAAGUGCAAGACAGGAAAUGAUGACAGAAUUUGGUGAACUGUCUCUUUCAGCUUCAGGAUAAGCAUGUGACCUGAGUGUCCAGUGUUCCUAUGGUGGAAAAGCUCAUCAGUGAGAAACAAAAGGACAUGAUGCUGAGUUCAUCAGUGCGAAUGGGUUCACAGGCCAUGUCUCAUCCACAGUGUCUUGAGUUCCUGACUUGAAGUGAAGAUGGGGAACGAGCAAUCAACUCAGAAAAAGCGGCAGAAGACAAAUGCUGAGAAAAAGGUCCAGAAUGGAGAAAUGAAUGGACAUGCGGUCCCGACUCCAGAAGUAACCGAACCUGUGGCUAGCAAAGAAGCAGUGGUGGAGAAAAAGAGUGAAACCCCACCAGUGGUCAUCAAAAAUGAACCAAAACCACCAGUAAAAGAGGAGGUAGACAGCAGUAAACCCAACGGACCCGCACAUGUGGAAACAACACCUGAGCAAAAAACGACAGUCGUGAAAGAUGCAGAACCGCCCAAAAAAGCCCCAAAGCCCAGUGAAGAUGAAGUGACCAACUUCUUUGGUAAAAUGUUCAAAAAGAAGAGCGAACCUGUGAAACCUGCAUCAGAAAGCAAGGAUUCAGUCGACGCAGUUCAGGUCACAGCGGUGGAUCUGAAAAUUGACGUGCAGCCUGAUCCAGUGGACAUAAAGACCAGCACAGAGCCUGAGCCGGAGCCGGAGGGUGAAGCUCUCGAACCCAGUCCUGUGGAAGUCACAGAAGAAAAUAACCCACCUGAGGACAUUAAAACAGCUGAAAAGUCAGUUAUGAACUUUUUCAAAACAUUUGUCACUCCGACCAAAACAAGCAAAGAAGCCAAAGCCACACCUGAUGCUUCAAAAGAACAGUCACAGAAAGAGGCCCCACCUGCACCGUCAACAAAUGUACAGGAAGCACCCAAGGCACCACCUCCACCUCCCCCUGCGCCACCUAAGAUGGAAAGUAAAGCAGAGCCGGCGGUAAAGAAAGAGGAAACAUCUGCAACAAAAGCAGCGGCAGCAGCUGCAACAAAAGCAGAGGGCUCUGCCAAGACCAAAACUAAAGACAGUUCAUUCAGCAAACUCUUCCGUCCAAAGGUGUUGCUAGGCAAGGUGGUGUCAAAAGUUCAGGCGGCGACAACCAGUGGAGCCAGUGCUAAGACAUCAAGAGUGCCUGUUGUGGUUGAAGAGAAAAAGCCGGUUGAGGUACAGGUAGACGCAUCUAAGAGCAGCACCCUUGAGGCCGCUGCCAAACCUGAAGAACCACCAGCGCCAAAGCCAGAAGAGAAAAACAAGAGAAAAAAUCGACUUUUGGAAUGUUCAAACCCAAGGCACCAGAGCCCAAGAAGGAGACGCCAGCUCCACCUCCUGUGGCAGAAGCCGCUCCAGCCGUGAAGGCCAAAGAAGAGCCAAAACCGGCCGCCCCAGCACCACAAACGGCCCCGGACAACAAAUCAGUCGGAAGCACAGACGCCUCGCCCAACAUGCCACGAAAGCUGGAGAAGAGGAAUUCCCUCCAGCUGUUCUUCAAAAACCUGGUUAAGUAGAAAUCCAGAGAUAAUCGAGGGCUAGUGAGUUGACCGAGGACAAACGUGUCUAUGUAGUUUACCUGUUCAGUUGCAUGUAGUUUGCCAGCUAAAUGCUGUUUGUAAUUCUGUCCGACGUCUAACCAUCCUGAUUAUUUUGGUAUUGUUUGCUGGCUGUUAAUCUUCAAACAUGAUCUUCGAGGUGAUGAACAUGAUACAAGAAUCAACAGUGUAUGACCACUAGAUGGCCUCAAUUACCAACAUCUAGAUUAAUCAAUUCCACAUAAAUAUGAACUCUUAUUUGUAUUGCGCUUUAAUAAAUGCUAAUUAAAAUAUUUAAAAUUAUUUUUUAAAUAUCAUUAGAUUAAAUUGGGAAUAAAAUAUAUGCAUAUGAUAUUUUAUUAUUGCAUGAAAUCUAAUAAUAUUGCAUGAAAUCGCAUAAUCUAAAUGUGUUAUUCUAAUCUUUGUUGCAAUAUUUGUUUUUUUAGCUUCUUUAUAAAUUAAGAUAAAUUUGUGUUAUAUAAUAUAAAUAUAAUUGUUCACAGUUAUAGGCAGUUUCGAGUGGGAUGAUCUCAAUUAUCUUGGACAAAAGUAUGAUGACAAGUAAAGAGUACAAAUUCACCAUUGACUACAACUAAAAGGGACAUGUUGGAGCAAGAUCCACUGCUGAUAAAUUAGCAAAAAAAAAACAAACAAAAAAAACAACAGUUGUCAGACAGGUUUCGAGGGAUUUUGCUUCAGGCACCAUUGCGGACAAGCAGUAAAAAACAAACA